CGUAAAAGUGAGACUCGAUCGCUUAUAAAAAGGGGCAAGCUCCCAAAGCAUAUCUUAUAUUUUGAGUUGAGAACAUCUUGUAUAGACCAUAUUUCUCUAUUUUAAAGCUGAUAUUGUUCCCUUCCUCUCUUGAAACUUUGAAAAAAAAAAAAUGGAGGAGAAGAUGAGUUGGGCAGUUGCAGAUGCAGUAGAUUAUAGGGGCAACCCUGCUGAUAAGUCCAAAACCGGCGGCUGGAUACCGGCUGCACGUAUUCUAGGGAUUGAAAUAUGUGAAAGGCUUUCCACGAUGGGAAUUGCAGUAAACCUGGUGACUUACUUAGUUGGAACUUUGCAUUUGCCAAGUGCAACUUCAGCAAACAUUGUGACGGAUUUCAUGGGAACAUCUUUUAUCCUCUGUUUGCUUGGAGGGUUUCUUGCUGAUUCUUUCCUUGGCAGAUACAAAACCAUUGCAAUCUUUGCUGGAAUACAAACCAUUGGCACCGGUGCGCUAGCGAUAUCAACAAAGCUACCCCAGCUAAGGCCACCACCAUGUAUUACCAGCAACAACUGCAAACAAGCCAAUGGAUUCCAAAUGGGAUUUCUAUACUUGGCUCUGUAUCUAAUUGCACUCGGAACAGGUGGUCUUAAAUCGAGUGUUUCGGGAUUUGGAACUGACCAAUUUGAUGAGAAAGAUGAAAAAGAGAAAGCCCAGAUGGCCUAUUUCUUCAAUAGGUUCUUCAUGUUCAUUAGCACAGGAACCUUAUUGGCUGUGACAGUGCUUGUAUACAUACAAGAUAAAGUGGGUCGAAGCUGGGCCUAUGGAAUCUGUUCUGUUUCAAUGUUUUCAGCCAUUUUAGUGUUUUUGGCCGGGACUAAAAAAUACAGGUACAAAAAAAGCUUGGGAAGUCCUAUAGUUCAUAUUUUCCAGGUUCUAGUUGCUGCUACAAAGAAGAAGAACAUGGCCAUUCCUUACAACCUUAACUUGUUGUACGAAAACUCUCCAGAGGGUUCGAGAAUCGAACACACGGAUCAGAUCCGCUUCUUGGACAAGGCAGCUAUUGUUAUGGAAGGAGAUUUUGAAGGAAAUGGAAGUCGCGAUCCGAAGCCAUGGAAGUUAAGCCCAGUGACAAAGGUUGAGGAAGUGAAAAUGAUGGUGAGACUGCUACCAAUAUGGGCCACAACCAUUAUAUUUUGGACAACGUACGCACAAAUGAUAACCUUCUCUGUGGAGCAAGCAUCCACCAUGGAAAGAUCAAUAGGGAGCUUUCAAAUCCCAGCUGGAUCUCUCACAGUCUUCUUCGUGGCAGCCAUAAUGAUCAGUCUCGGUGUUUAUGACCGUCUCAUCAUGCCUCUUUGGAAGAAAUGGAAAGGCCAACCAGGUUUCACCAAUCUACAAAGGAUCGCAGCAGGCCUAAUCCUAUCAACACUUGGAAUGGCGGCAGCGGCAGCGUCUGAGAGAAAACGUUUAUCAGUAGCGAAAGAAGCAAGUGGCAGUGCCACCAACCAAACACUGCCUAUAAGUGUGUUCCUGUUAAUCCCACAGUUCUUCUUGGUGGGUUCAGGGGAAGGCUUCAUUUACACUGGCCAGCUCGAUUUUUUCAUAACCCAAUCACCAAAGGGAAUGAAGACCAUGAGCACCGGUCUCUUCCUCACGACUCUUUCGCUUGGUUUCUUUGUGAGUAGCUUCUUGGUUAUGGUGGUGAAGAAGGUUACUGGAAGAGGAGAUUGGCAAGGAUGGCUGGCAGAUAAUAUAAACAAAGGGAGGCUUGAUUGUUUCUAUGGACUUCUAACCAUACUUGGUGUUGUCAAUUUUGUAGCCUUUAUUAUAUGUUCAAUGUGGUACAAACCCAAAAAACCUAAACCAGCUCUGCAAAUGGGUUCUGUUAAUGGUAAUGGUAAUGGUUCUUCUGCUGAGGAUAGGUGCUAGUUAUCUAGGGGGGUGGGGAAAAACAAAAAAAGUAAUUAAGUUAUGGGGUUUGAUUAUUGUACAUUAAUUAAUCAGUUAAUCAUGGUUUGGGUGUGCUUAUCUUUUUCUUUCUUGUACCUUGAAUAAGUUAUAGGAUAUGUUUGAUAUGUAGAAUUAGAUUGUAUUAAAAAUCUAUUGUAUUAUAUUAAAUAACAUUGUAUUGUAUUAGAUUGUACUAUAAUAAUAUUGUACAAUGUUAUGUGUAGUAUUAUUUG